GCCCCCGCCGCGGCUGUCUCUUUCGUUUUUUUCCUUCUCGCUUCCCGCCUGGUUGCCGCUUCGAUUACGUCUCGAUUUCGCCACGAUGCCUCCCCGCACGACCCCCGAGGAGCGGAAGGCGAAGGCUGCAGCCCGUCGCCGUGAGAAAGCCGCCCAGAAGAAGGCUGAGAAGAAGGCCCGCGACGAGGCCGCUGCGGCUGCCCCGGCUUCCCCCGCCGACGAUGAGGAGGAGGAGGAGGAGGGGGAGGAGGAGGAGGAGGUUGUCGUCACUCCCCUCAAGCGUCCUUCCGGCGGUGCCGCUGCGGGUGCGGCCAAGGGUUCGAAGAGACCCAAGCCCGACACCCCUUCGCCUCGUCCUGCUCUGGAAGUGCCCGACAAGCCGCCGUCCCUCCUGGUUGAUGUAGAGAAAGUCUUCUUUGCCGAGAAAGUUGGUGGUUACCGACCCAUUCCCUGCACCCGCUGCGCUCGGUCAAUGGUUUUGGCCAGUGCUCCUGGUCGUUUCUGCUUUGCCUACGGAUCCAGUGGCCGCUGCGCCCACUGUGUGAAGGGGAAGCAUGUUUGCGGUUCGAUUUCUUCUCACUCUGCCGACCUCGUCGCUCCCGCCCGUGCUAUGUCCAUGGCCCACCUGGCCUGGUAUCACGCUUGCCGGGAGGCGGGCACGACCCUCAGCCGCGUAGGUACCUCUGCGGUUUCUUGGGGAUCUUGCUAAUUUGGUGUAGUCCGACGAUGUAAACAAGACCGAGGAGAUUUUCAGCCGUCGCGACCAGCGGGCUAUCGCUGCGGCCUCUGCUGCGGGUGGGUCGAAGAACAAGGUGGUCGCUGGGUUGGCCCUGGGGGCCCUCGGCGGUGGCUCUGCGGCUGCUAAGACCAACCGUCUCCUUCGCCGCCUUGUCGUCCUUGGUGAGGCC